GCACGUUAGUGCACUUCACGGAGUGUGAAUGCAUAUACUCUCACCUCUUGGACCUGGCGCACCCUAAGCCACCACACCACCACUAUCACCAGCGCAGCAGCUUCUUCUUCUUCUUCAUCCGCCCCUCCUAACCAAACACAAACACUCUUAUGUCAUGUUUUCUGUCACCCUCUCUCUUCCUCUGUCUCCAAUUAGGGUUUUCCCCAUUCCCAAUGCAUACUAAUUCUUUCUGCCUAUUCGCUGCCGUUCCAACUCCUUCGAUUACUCUGCGAAUUUGCUUUCUCCUUCACUCUCGCGCUUCGAUUCGGAGAAAAUCGGGCGCUAUUGCUUGACACUGGUUUGGUGCCAUGCCGCCUAGUCGGAGGAAGGGCGGAAAAAAAAGCGGCGGCGGUGGUGCCGCCGCCAGCCGGCAGUUUAAGCUCGGCGAUCUCGUGCUCGCUAAGGUUAAGGGAUUCCCUGCUUGGCCUGCGACGGUGAGUGAGCCGCAGAAGUGGGGUUACUCAGCUGAUCGGAAGAAAGUGUUUGUUUGCUUCUUUGGAGCCCCCCAAAUAGCUUUCUGCAAUCAUGCCGAUGUUGAAGCAUUUACUGAAGAGAAGAAACAAUCUCUUGCCAAACGUUCAGGAAGGGGUGGUGAAUUUGCUUGUGCAGUAAAGGAGAUUAUUGAAUGUUAUGAAAAGUUGAGGACGGAGAAUCAGGAUGGUGACACUAGCUCUGGUGGUGAAGUUGCUAUUGCAAAUGUGUCGUAUUCACUUGAUCCAUCUGCCAACACAGGGUUAAAGGAUCAGACGGAUGCUCCUUUCACAAUUAAUUCACAAAUGAAAUCUUCAAAUUGUGUGAUUGACAGACCUGAGGAUGCUGUUGCAUUGAAGGAUGAAUCUUAUAAUAUAGAGGCAUCACUGGAGGAAGCUACUGAUAAUGCUAUUAUGACUGCAACUGUAAAAUCACCUUUUUCAAUAACCCAGAGAAAUGCACCAGUUCGAAGGUCUAGAACUAGAAGCACAUUACAGGUCCAAAACUUUGUUGUACCUUGUGGUGAUGGUGGAAAUAAUGUUGGCAAUAGUGAUGACAACAUAUCAGCUGAUGCAAUUCAGGAUACAUCUAUAAGGAGUAAACGUAUCAGGAAAUCACCUGACCUUUUACGUUGUGAUGAUACUGAUUCACCUGCAUUUGCCCCAAAUGUUAGCAUGGAGGACAAUGGUUCUGAAAUUAUUACAAUCAAUUCUGAUGCCUUUACUUUAAAUGAGGGAAGUACGAUAGAUUCUAAUUUAAAAUUUGAACAGUCUGAGCCUAUUGUUUGCCCUGAAGGUGAAGGUCUUGAUCUAGAAAUAAAGGCUGUAAUCAACAAGAAUAAAAGAAAACCAAACCAGAAGAAGGAAACUAAUGAUUCUGGUGCUCAGAAUGCCAGCCAAAGUUUGCAGAAUAUGGGUGGAAAUUCGAAAGAAAGAUGCCCUGACCAAGAUGGAGAUGAACACUUGCCCCUGGUGAAACGAGCCAGAGUUAGAAUGGGUAAAUCAUCCACAGAGGCAGAACUCAAUAGCAUUUCUCAAGUUCAGGUUAAAAGUGGCGAGGAAGAUAUUACUGACUCACCACAUCAGAUAAUCACAUGCUCAAAUUGUGAAAAUGGCCUUGCUGAAGGAGGCCCAUCAGUGUUGAACAGUACUUUGGUUAAUGUUUCUCCUUCUAACUUAAUAGCCUCGUAUUCUGAAAAUGGGUCUCAAAUUUGUAAAAUUAAAAAAGACCAAAUGUUUGGCUGCUCUGUGGAUGAUGAAGCUGCUUUACCUCCAUCUAAACGCAUCCAUCGUGCUUUAGAAGCAAUGUCUGCCAAUGCUGCCGAAGAAGGUCAAGCUUGCAUGGAAUCCUCCUCCUCUAUAAUGACAUUUAGUGGUAGAUGCUGUAUAUCUGCCAUUAAGAGAUGUCCUUGUAUGACUGUUAAUAAUCAAGGAGUUAAUGAGUUAGAACUGCAAAGGUUGGUUUCUUGUGGCAUUGAUUCUUCUCAUGUUAGUGUGUGUAGUUUCUCAACUCGUUCAAAUACAAUUAUUUCCACAGAGAAUGAGUUAUCUACAGAAGUGGAUAAGCAUUUGGUCAAGUUCCAACAUGAGUCUGGGAAGGAUGUCAUCCCAGGUGCUAGUCAGCAAGGUGGUGAAGAUAUUAGUGAUUCUGUUGUCUGUCAUCCUGCCAAAAUAGAUUCACUAAUACAGUCACAUGGAAAAAUUUCUCCUAAUCUUGAUGUGAAAUGUUGCCAAGUUGGAAACAAUAAGGAUUCACCAGGUCCAUCAUUGUUACUAAAUGAUGAUGACAAUGCCAGAACUUCAAACCAUUCAGAUGCAUCUGAUACAGUAGAGCAUGUUGGAAUAAGUCUCGAUCCUGUGGCAGGCAACAGUGAAAGUGAUAAAUUGGUACCUAAAAAUAGUAUUAAUGUGACACAGAAUGUGGUGGUUGCUUGUGAGGAUAUGAUGAAGCAUGCAGUUGGUGACAGCAGCAAACCUAAUGACACGCAUGAGGUCAUCAAAGAGGUAAAAUUUAAAGGACAAGAGGAGGAUAUGAAUUCUGUUUCAAUAUCAAAUGAUUAUUCCGAUGAAAAGGGUAAUUUGGGCAUUCUGUCAAGCCCAUCCUUGACUGAUGUGAGAGUUUGCCUCCCACUAGGUUCACCUCCAAUUACAUCAGUUUGCAAUAUUUCUACAUCUGACAGUAGUAAUAUCCUUCAAAAUGGAAGUUGUAGCCCUGAUGUACACCAAAAGAACACUUUAUCUGGUCCUACUGAUGGAUGGAAAGAUGGGAUUGUGGAAAAUGAACAAUCAAGAUCUGAGGGCAAGUCAACUGAAGCAGGAGAUGCUGCAUUGUUGUACUUUGAAGCAACGCUUCGAACAUUGAAAAGGACAAAGGAAAGUAUUGGUCGAGCAACACGCAUAGCUAUUGACUGUGCAAAGUUUGGCAUUGCAACUAAGGUGAUGGAAAUUGUUGUCCACAAUCUGGAAAUUGAGUCAAGCCUGCAUCGGAGGGUGGAUCUGUUUUUUCUUGUUGACUCUAUUGCUCAAUGUUCUCGAGGGUUGAAAGGAGACAUUGGUGGAGUAUAUCCAUCAACUAUUAAAGCAGUCCUGCCACGCCUCUUGUCUGCUGCUGCUCCUCCCGGAAAUGCUGCAAAAGAAAAUCGUAGGCAGUGUCUUAAGGUAUUAAGGCUGUGGUUGGAGAGAAAAAUCCUUCCUGAACCCAUUAUUCAGCAUCAUAUGCGGGAGCUAGACUCAUAUAGCAGUUCAGUUUCUGCAGGUGUCCACGCACGCCGUUCAUCAAGAAGAGAGAGGCCUUUUGAUGACCCUGUUAGAGACAUGGAGGGUAUGCUUGAUGAGUAUGGAAGCAACUCAAGUUUUCAACUACCUGGAUUUUGCAUGCCCCGAAUGCUUGAAGAUGAUGGGGGGAGUGAUUCUGAUGAAGGGGAGUUUGAGGCUGUCACACCUGAACAUGAUUCUGAAACAUAUGAAGUGCAAGAAACAACUCAUGCAAUUGAAAAACACAGGCAUGUGUUGGAAGAUGUUGAUGGUGAGCUUGAAAUGGAAGAUGUGGCUCCGUCUGUUGAUGGUGAAUUGAAUUUGAUUUGUAAUAUUGAUAGAGGAAAUGCCACAGAGUUUGAGAAGAAUCUUCCUGUGUCCUUUGGCCCCCCUUUACCACAGGAUUUGCCACCGUCUUCCCCACCUCCACCAUCAUCCCCUCCACCACCACCACCAGCUCCUCCUCCUCCAUCUCUACCUCUACCUCCACCCCCACCUCCUACAUUGCACUUCAAGUCAGCUACCUCUGAUCAAUAUCAUGUUGCAGUUGAUUCAAAAGGUUUUGAAGAUUCACUGACUGUGGAAGCCAAUGUACUCCAUCCUAUGGCCCAGCCCUUAGCUGCACCAAGAAAUAGUCAAUCUAUCGGUGAUGCAGUGCAGUAUACAGUCCCUGAAUGUAGAGACAUGCCAAUACAAAUGCCAGAGUCUACUUGCUCUUUCAACACUUUCCCUGUACAACCAACAGACAAUUCCAGGAAUACUGAUGGUGCUACUAUGCAUAAUAAAGGUUACUCGAUACCACCACCUCACCAUGUGCCAUCCAAUCAGUUUUCUUUUGUAAAUGGGGAACAUCAAAUGAAGUCACGAAGGGAGGUUCCGCCACCCCCUUCAUAUUCCAAUGGGCACCACUUUAUGCCGAGUAUGAUGAGAGAGUAUGGCUAUGACAGUCAUGAGAGAUCAAGACCACCAUAUGAUUACCAAGAGAGAUGGAAUGUUCCUCCUCCUUGUUCUGGUCCUCGGUAUAGUGACCGAGGUGUGCCUGCUCCUUAUGGUUGUCAUCCUAGUGAAUCAGUUGGUUUUCCAGGUCAUGGAUGGAGAUUUCCUCCCCCAUCAAUGAAUUACAGGGACUCCUUGCCUUUUAGACCCCACUUUGAAGAUGCAAUUCCAGUAGCAAACCGAGGAGAAAUGGGUGCUUCGCUAUCGGUCUCGGAAAAAUCCAUCCAUGAAUUCAUGGUCAAGGAUGCUAAGGGCAGAGACGUGAACCUCAGCAUCUACAAAGGGAAGGUUCUUCUUGUAGUAAAUGUCGCUUCAAAAUGUGGAUUUACGAAUACCAAUUACACCCAGUUAACUGAGCUUUACAGCAAAUACAAAGACAGAGGCCUUGAGAUACUGGCAUUUCCAUGCAACCAGUUUCUGAAGCAGGAGCCUGGGAGUAGCCAGGACGUAGAGGAAUUUGCCUGCACAAGAUACAAGGCCGCGUAUCCCAUUUUUGGAAAGGUACGUGUCAAUGGACCUGAUACAGCACCUGUCUACAAAUUCCUUAAAGCAAAUAAAUCAGGAUUUCUGGGUUCUAGGAUAAAGUGGAAUUUCACCAAGUUUUUGGUUGACAAGGAAGGGAAUGUCCUCCGGCGUUAUGGUUCAACCACCUCACCGUUUUCCAUUGAAAAUGACAUCAAGAGAGCAUUGGGGGAGGCUUGAAAAACUCUACAAUCACUUCAAAUUGGUGCUCUUGUUGAAGAUGAUUGAAACAUAAGGAAUGUAUAUUUGUAGAUGUUUCUUCUAGUGAUUAUUUCUUAAAAAUUUCAUGUCUAGGUUUUUUUGUGUUUGUUGUAUUAGAAAUCUGUUUUGGAAUCGUUAUUUAAAACUUAAUUAAUGGGCAUUGGUUUGAGUUGUGUUAGAAGUGUGUUUUCAUGUAUCAUUUAAAAUGCAUGUAAUGGUCAUGGCCUCAUGUGUAUUAGUGUCGAGGAAGUUGCAUCACUUAUUAUAAUGCUAGGGAACAGUCCCUACCAAGUCUAUCAAGACUCAAGAGUCUAUAUAUAUGGAUGAUAUGAAAAACCUAUGUACUGCAUUUCACCAGAACAAAAAGCUUUUCAUUCUCUAAA